UUGGUGUAACAGUGGAAUAAUUGCAGGUACGAUAUGUCUUGCAGUAUAUUGUCUGCCCCCAGGAUGACGGUCGUUGGCAGCUGCGUUGUCCUAGUCUUGUGCUCGGUAGUUCUUCAAGUCUCUGGCACCAAAAAUGGUUGGGCACCACAGUGGAUGCAUGACCGAUUCUGUGACGGGCGGCACGAGUACGUGUCUCUCCCCUGGGACUGUUCGGGGUACAUCCACUGCGGGGACAAGAGCUCUCACUGGCUCAAUUGUGCACCCACACUCAAGUUUAACAAUCAGAGUCAAACAUGCGAUCUCAAGUCACCAUCGUGCGAAAAUCCCGAAACUGUAGCGACCAAAUGGUGCCAAGUGUACUCCACCCUGAAAUUCGCCCAUCCCCACAGCUGCUCUCUGUACUACGACUGCUCCAAGAACACGCCCUCUCCAGAGUAUGGUCUCAAGGUGUACGAGAAGGAAUGCAAAUGGCCGACCCUGUUCGACCCCAUCGAAAUGGUGUGUCAGGAGGACACAUUCAACACAAUUGUCUGUGAUAAGAGGCCGGUGUCGAGAUGUGACUACGUGACGGAAUGCACCACCCCCGAGUCCUUCAAUGACGCCUGUGUCAGCCUGCCUGAUGGACCCCACGCCGAGCACAGCGCCCCCUUCAGCACCACCUUCGUCCGCUGCGUGGGACAGAGAGUGCAGGAGAAAGUUACGUGCGACACAGGGGAGGUGUUCGACACAGGCAUCAGCAACUGUACAGGGAAUUUCGAGAAUUCCGUCAAUGAGUACUGCAGGAACAACCCAACAGCUGUUUUCGCCGACCCGUUCGACUGCGCUCUGUUCUAUAACUGUUCCGCGAGCCGGCACCGGUUUGGUCUGGAAGAGUACCAGGCGGAAUGCAGGUACAUGCACCUGUUUGACAUGAAGACCAACACGUGUGUCGACUUUGCCGACCUCAAGGCCUCAUGUGGAACACGACGGGAGCCUAAAGCACCAUGUGACUACAGGGUGAAUGACUGCACCGCCGACGGCUGCACCCCCUGCUCAGCCAGCUGCGUCGGACUCCCCGACGGCGACGUCCCCUACCCCAACAUGCACUUCACUCGCUUCUACCUCAACUGCAGGGGAGGACGCACGGUGAAGAUCAAACGUUGUACUAUCCCUAGGAUAUUCUCAAUAGCCCAGAGAACAUGUGCCAACCCUGAAGACGUUGAUCGAAGUGCCACGUUACCGCUACCUGCUGCUGUGACUACGACUGUAUCAACAGCGUCACCGACCACAUCAACAGUGUCAAUACCUUCUCCAACCACUGCUCAUUCCACAACCGAUUCAUCCUCGACCACCCCUGCUGCGCCAACUACCACAGUUACCACCACACCAUCUUCUACAACUACGCCAACGUCGACAGCACCGACGACACCAUUCACUGUAAAUCCCAAUUGUGGAUGUAAGCCGGAGCUUAGUCCAAUCGUCAGAACCCUCAAUGAAGUCCUACCAAAGGUCAAUGCCCUCUCGGCUAGAAUGGACAAUGAAGUGCGUCCUCCCUUCAGCUGUGACACACCCCCAACACUUGCUGACAGUCACGUGAAGCUGUCGUACGCCCCCGACAACGCAGUUGCCACGUACACGUGUGAUGAGGGACAUGCGCCCUGUUUUGCUGGCAUGACAAGCACAUGCAGCUCGGACAACAUGUGGACACUCCAGUCUUUGGGUCAGUGUGUCCAGAAUACCUGGACCAAUCAACCUGCACAAGUCGGCGCCCGCACCCUGUGUCCCCCAAGGCCUGGGAGCGUGUGGGCUUUUACCGGACGAUACACACGUGAUAAGUAA